AUGCGUCCCGCACCGCAAGCCGAGACCGACGAUGCGCCGGCCAGUCCCAGCCUUUCAUACAUUGCACGAAGGCCCAAUCGUCACACGAAGGCGACAGUGGCCUCGGAAGGAUCGACUCAUGCUGUCUUUGACAUCGGCAGAGAUUCGCAGGAUGCGCCCGCAUCGCCACCCUCGCUUGGCUUGGCCCCCGGGAGCGCACAAUCGAGCAACAUCGACAAUACCCGGCGCUCCGACGGCCGCCGCCCUCACAGCAUCGACAGUCAAGAUGAUUACGACGAGGAUGACAUCGACGAUGAGGCCGCAUUGAUGCUGGACCCCGCUUCGGCCUCGACAUCCGACCUGCGCGAGGACGACGACGGUGCCAUCGAGCUCGGUCCGACAGCGGCCAAACGCGUUAAGAGGCGCAUCGCCAGGGCAAGAGGCCACCGGCCAACCGGCAGCCUGUCUGCGAAGUACGACAAGGACGACCCCCUCUUCCUCGUCAGCAAGGCUGUCCCAGAGGAUGACGAUCCCAGCUUGCCCGCCCUCACCUGGAGGGCGCUCGUAAUCGGCAGCUUCUUCUGUGUCAUCGGCGCGGCCGUUAGCCAGCUCUUCUUCUACAAGUCCAACUCGCCUUCUUUCAGCACCUACUUUGUCAUCCUGAUCUCGCUGCCGGUGGGCAAAUGGCUUGCCCGGAAGCUACCGGACAAGACAAUCUGGAUCGGGCCUUGGUCGUUCGAGCUGAACCCCGGGCCCUUUAGCAUCAAGGAGCACAUGCUCGUGGCCAUCAUAUCGUCUUCUGGCGCUUCUUCGGCCGGUGCGACGGACAUCAUCAACAUUCAAGAACUCUUCUACCACCAACGAAUGCCGUGGCUGGCGUCCCUGACGCUCCUUAUCUCGUCGCAGGUUCUCGGCUUUGGCUGGGCGGGCCUGGUGACGGAUCUGCUUGUCAAGCCGCCGUCGAUGCUGUGGCCUAGCACGUUGGUCACGACUAGCCUCUUUCACACGCUGCAUGACGGCAAAUCUCCCUACAACAAAGCGAGGCUGCGCAUGUUCUUCCUCGUCUUCAUUGCCAUCUUCGUGUACCAGUUCCUACCGGCGAUGAUCGCGCCGACGUUGAGCAGCAUUGCCGUCCUCUGCCUCGUCAACAACCAGAACCAGACGUUCCGCAUCCUCAGCAGCGGGUAUCAUGGCCUCGGGCUUCUCAACUUCACCCUCGACUGGAACGCCGCUGGCAUGACGGGACCCUUCUACCAGCCCUGGUGGGCAGCGCUCAACUUCUACGGCGGCAUUGCGGGGAUGUGCUGGAUCAUCGCACCGCUCUACUACUUCGGCUUCAACAUGUGGCAGGCGCGGUCCUUUCCUGAUGUCCUGGGCUCGGGACUCUACCACCAAAACUUUACCAAGUUCGACGUUACCGGCCUGCUGAACCCGGACAGCACGUUGGAUCGCGACAAAUGGGAGGAGUCGAAGCCGAUGCUCCUGACGCCCUUCUUUGCCCUCACCUAUGGCCUGAGCUUCGCCACCCUCACCAGCGUGCUCACGCACACGUUGCUUUGGCACUGGAAUGACAUCAAGCGGGCUGUCAAUCGCCAUGAACACGACGACAUCCACAACCGCCUGAUGAGGGCCUACGCGCCCGUGCCGCGCUCGUGGUACUGGACGACGUUCGGUCUGACGACGAUGGCAGCUUGCAUCCUAGUCGUCACCACGCCGUCGCUCCAGCUCCCGGUUUGGGCGCUGCUGAUGGCGAUCUUCAUGGGCCCGAUCUUCCUUGUGCCCGUCGGCAUCCUCCGCGCCGUAUCCGACACCGGUGUCGGGCUCAACGUCAUCUCCGAAUUCGUCAUCGGCUACAUCAUGCCGGGCAACCCGAUCGGCAAUGUCCUCUUCAAAAUCAUGGCCUACAUGUCGCUCGCCCAGGCGCUGGAUCUACUGACCGACCUGAAGUGCGGUCACUACCUCAAGGUGCCGCCCAAGCACAUGUUCGUGUCGCAGCUCGUGGGCACCGCCAUCGGCUGCGUCGUCAACCUCGUCGUGGUCAACAUCAUCCUCGACCCUGCUUCGGGCUACCGCGGCUUCCUCGACGGCACUGUCGAGGAUCCGAGCGGCCAGUGGGACGGCAGGAAGGUGCACAUCUUCUUCUCGGCCUCGGUUAUCUGGGGCCUCAUUGGACCGGCCGAAUUCUUUGCGGGCGAGUACCGCAUCCUCUACGCCGGCUUCCUCAUCGGCGCGCUGCUACCCCUGAUCCCCUACCUUCUCCAUAAGCGCUACGGCGGCAAGAUGUGGAACAAGGUGGCCUGGCCCAUCAUCCUUCACGGCGCCUGCGCACCGCCGACGAUCCCGACCAACGUCAUCAUGACUGGCUUCGCUCUCAGCUGGCUGUCGCAGAAGCACCUCCGUACGAGGCACCCGAAAUGGUUCGAGCGCUUCAACUACGUCGUCUCGGCCGCCCUGGACGCCGGCGCGUCGGUCAACGCGCUGGCCAUCUUCUUGCUCAGCGUCACCAUCAUGAGGUGGUCCGGGCCCAUCCCGAACUGGGCGGGGAACCCAAGCAGCGACAGCGAGUACUGCAAGCCUGCGGUGGGGCCUGGGGCCCCUGCUUCGGCCACGUAG